AUGCCCAAGUCAGACCCAGCGAAGAACUAUUUCAAGUCCCAUGGGGGAAGGGCUUGGUACGAUCGGCUGCUGCAUCUCAUAAAGCACGGUGAUCGAGCAGCUCUUCUUGAACACGCCGGUGGUCCGCCCGAGCUGCCACAUAUGAACCCGUCAGCCAUGAAUACCCAGGAUACAAAGAAGGCGUUUGAUUUGAGGGAAGUAGGAGGUUUUCUGCCGUGGCAAUUCCCAAGGGCCCAUAUCACCCUGCCGGAUAUCUUUGGUAUGUCGAUCAACGACGUUUGGAAUUCGCUCGCCGCAGAAGGCCAUCUCACACUCGGUGCUCGCGUCAGUAUAUCCCGAGAGACAACGAUGAAAUGGCCAAUUGUUUGGAAUGACCAGCCUUAUCUUUGUGUAGGAAAGGCAGACUACAGCUUUCUUUUUGGAGACAAGGACAACUUGGCAUGUCACGCUGUGAUAGUUGAAGCCAAGCGGAAUGUAGCCGAUGGGCAAGGCCAACUGCUGGCCUAUAUGGCCAUGACACAAGCAACCAGAAGGAAGCGUGGUCAGUCCGACUGGACAGUAUCUGGCGCCAUCUUUGAUGGGAACAACUACACCUUCUACCACCUGGACAUGGACGGCCAAUUUUCCUUUGUAUUGCUUCAAUCCAAGCGUGAAGGUUGGCAACUAAUAGCCGACAUACUCGGAUCCUUCAUUCUCAAAGGCAUGACACAAUGCUCUUCUCUACGCGCUAGUAUAACUAGCUGUCCCUCCGCUUGCCAAUCCCUUCAAUCAUAUCAGCGGCCUUCAUUGGGCCCCUUUUCGUCUAUCGAUGAGAUUCUGGACAGUACAGAGACAGCGCUGACUCACUUUUGA